AUGACGGUCCCCGAGCCCCCCUUUAAACUAGAGGGUCAUUGUUCUGCGAUCCAUAGCAAUACGCUUUACGUAUUCUCUGCCAAUGGAUUCGCUUACAUUCCUCUUGAAGUCAAUGGCACGUGGCAUUCACUGAAAUCGGGGGUUGCUGUUUCCAAUGCCACAUGUGUGAUUGGCGGAAUGGAAGGGAACAACGAUGACGAAGCUCUGUAUGUGGUCGGCGGGACCGCCACCGAUUCCGACUCAAAUUACCCAGGUCUCCAGCGCUACUCCUUCAGUGGUCAGACAUGGGCGACACUUGGGUCAGCGGCAACCUCGAUGACAAGCCGAGUGGGUCAUGGCGCCGGUUAUCUUGAAACAAAUUCCUCCAUCAUUGUGUAUGCCGGCCAUCAGGAUGGUAGUACAGGUGCCUCUUCAGAAUCGUUUCUCAUUUCGACAGUAUCACCAUACGGCAUGGAAUCGCAACUCGACCAGGGAGCUCCAGCGCUGAGCUCCCCUGUGCUUCUGACCUGGAAUACAUCUACAGUGGCCAUGAUUGGCGGCUCCGAUACCAACUACGGUGUCUACUUUUUUCGCGACGGACCGGGCUGGACAACAUCUGCUGCAACCCUGCCGACGGCUGUCUCUUCAUCCUCUCACGGCGCCUUGCUAUCCAAUUCUGACGGCAGCAACAAGAUUUUCGAGCUAUUCGACAUGGACGUCUCUCCGAACACCGUGACAAGCUACGAACUAGUUGACUCCGAUGGAAAUGAAGAAAGUCCCGCUUCUACUGUCGGUGCUUCUUCCUCCAAGAAGCGUAGCUCCAGUAGCUAUCCAACCUAUAAUAGCACCUUUGCAUCAUCGAACAAGUGGUCGAACUAUGCUCUAGCACAAGGUGGAAAUGGCCUGGUUGUGCUCUCCAGUGGGAAAAGCAAUGAUUCCCUGGCCAUAUUCAACCAGACCUCCAACUCCUGGGUCAAUUCCACGCUAUUGUUCCAGGGGAAGAGUCAGCAGGCUAUUUUGAAACCAACCACAACGUCUUCAACUACCACAACGCCGACAUCUGCAGCUACCACUUCCGCUUCGACAUCGGCUUCAUCCACUCCGACAUCUACUGGCGCUGCCGCCGCCAGUGGUUCUCAUACUGACACCAAUGUGAUAAUCGGUGCCACCCUCGGCAGUGUUUGCGGCGUGGCCUUGAUUUUGCUGUUGAUUCUUUGGUUGCUUAAGCGGGGAAGACAACACAGGGAACAAAACGGAAAGUCUCGGGGCAUUGACAAAGACCGUCUCAGUUUCCAAGACCAGGGCAUAGAAUCCCUGGCUGAUGGAGCAUACCCGAUGGCCAAAAGCCCUGUCCCAGUCGCCACAAUGUCGGCUGAUUCACUGGCUAUCAUAUCCGGUAAAUAUGCUGGAGAGAAGUCUCUCAAGCCUCCUCCGGCGAAAUAUGGAUAUGGUCUGUCUGCGACUCCUGGUAAAAGCAGUCCACUCUCCACUAUUCCGUCCAGCGGUCUCGCGCCCUCGAGCAUGUAUUCUGAAGACGCCUACCGCGAUAGCAUUGCACCUUCAGAGCCAGGUAACAAACCCGGUGAUCGGACCACCGAUGAAGGAUGGGGUAAAUACUUCGAAGACAACAACGCGACGAAUCUUGCUGGAAUGCAGUCCGAUCGCUCGACCGUCAGCUCCGUUUACACCAAGUCCGAUUACCGCGGCAGUGCCUGGCCCAUGACUAACUUAACACCGUUAAACUUCGGCUUCCUCGACCAGCCCAAGCCCCUCGGCCGCGUUCACAGCGGUAGCCCAACUACCGAAAAUGCGUCCACAGGGCGCAACCUCUUCAUCCCUGAGAGCCAGUCAGCCCGCAUCUCGAGCGCAGACUCCAUUAGUGUCGCCUCGGACGAUGAUCCCCAUGAUACGAAUUGGGCCCGUGCACACCAAUCCAGUUGGCUUGGCCGUCCCACUAGCAGUAACUACACCACAAGUUUCUACAAUACCAGCACUAACGACCUGCCUGGCGUUAACGCGCAAGCCGCCGCGGCCCGACAGUCGAACGGUCGACGCUCGAGUGUCGUAAUACCUGAUGACAUUGAUGAGAUACCCAUUCAGCACCGGGGUAAUGUCAACUCAGAUAUGAGCUGGUUAAAUCUCCAUGCUGAUCGGUAG